ACCACAGACGCUCCAACAACAACCACAGCUUCUCCCACUACAAACACAGCUGCCCCUACAACGAGCACAGACGCUCCAACAACAACCACAGCUUCUCCCACUACAACCACAGCUGGCCUUACAACUACCACAGAGACUCCAACAACAACAACAACAGCCACUCCUACAACUACCACAGAGGUUCCAACAACGACAACAGCUGUUCCCACUACAACCACAGCUGCACCUACAACUACAACAGGUGCUCCCACUACAACAUCAGCUGCACCUAUAACCGCAACAGAGGCUCCAACACCAACCACAGCUUCUCCUACUACAACCACAGCUGGCCCUACAACUACCACAGAGGCUCCAACAACAACAUCAGCCACUCCUACAACUAGCACAGAGGCUCCAACAAAAACCACAGCUUCUCCCACUACAACCACAGCCGGCCCUACAACUACCACAGAGGCUCCAACAACAACAACAGCAGCCCCAACAACUACUACAGAGGCUCCAACAACAACAACAGCCGCGACCACUACAACCCCAGCUGCCCCUACAACUACCACAGACGCUCCAACAACAACCACAACCACAGCCUCUACCACUACAACCACAGCUGCCCCUAUAACGAGCACAGAGGCUCCAACAACAACCACAGCUUCUCCCACUACAACCACAGCUGGCCCUACAACUACCAUAGAGGCUCCAACAACAACAACAGCCACUCCUACAACGAACACAGAAGCUCCAACAACAACCACAGCUUCUCCCACUUCAACCACAGCUGGCCCUACAACUACCACAGAGGCUCCAAAAACCACAACAGCCACUCCUACAACUAGCACAGAGGCUCCAACAACAAACACAGCUUCUCCCACUACAACCACAGCUGGCCCUACAACUACCACAGAGACUCCAACAACAACAACAACAGCCAAUCCUACAACUACCACAGAGGUUCCAACAACGACAAAAGGUGCUCCCAAUACAACAUCAGCUGCACCUAUAACCGCAACAGAUGCUCCAACAACAACCACAGCUUCUCCCACUACAACCACAGCUGUCCAUACAACUACCACAGAGGCUCCAACAACAACAACAGCCACUCCUACAACUAGCACAGAGGCUCCAACAACAACCACAGCUUCUCCUACUACAACCACAGCUGGCCCUACAACUACCACAGAGGCUCCAACAACAAGAACAGCCACUCCUACAACUAGCACAGAGGCUCCAACAACAACCACAGUUUCUCCCACUACAACCACAGUUGCACCUACAACUACCACAGAGGGUCCAACAACAUCAACAGCUGCCCCAACUACAGAGGCUCCAACAACAACAACAGCCACUCCUACAACUACCACAGAGGCUCCAACAACAACAACAGCCACUCCUACAACUACCACAGAGGCUCCAACAACAACAACAGCCACUCCUACAACGAUCACAGAGGCUCCAACAACAACCACAUCUUCUCCCACUUCAACCACAGCUGGCCCUACAACUACCACAGAGACUCCAACAACAACAACAGCCACUCCUACGACUACCACAGAGGUUCCAACAACGACAAAAGGUGCUCCCACUACAACAUCAGCUGCACCUAUAACCGCAACAGAUGCUCCAACAACAACCACAGCUUCUCCCACUACAACCACAGCUGUCCCUACAACUACCACAGAGGCUCCAACAACAACAACAGCCACUCCUACAACUAGCACAGAGGCUCCAACAACAACCACAGUUUCUCCCACUACAACCACAGCUGCACCUACAACUACCACAGAGGGUCCAACAACAUCAACAGCUGCCCCAACUACAGAGGCUCCAACAACAACAACAGCCACUCCUACAACUACCACAGAGGUUCCAACAACAACAACAGCUGCCCCAACAACUACCACAGCUGCCCCUACAACGAGCACAGAGGCUCCAACAACAACCACAGCCUCUACC